CACGACAGCCUUUCAUACCGGAUCUUUGCUAUAUAUAUACCCGGAUGAGAAACGCUGUCGGAUCGCAGUCGAUUUUAUCACUUCCAAAGUUCUCGGUUUGCUAAAAGAAAAAUUCUCCAAGAACUGGGAAUGCCACGCGCGGAGCAUGUAUAGACUGUUCAACUCUAUUCCGCAGACACCAAGCGCCGCAGCUCAUCUUUUGGAGGAUAUAAUUCACGGACAGUUGCCAAUGGGCGGGUACUGGAAGGCAACCCAGUUAUGCAAGCGUCCGAAGUCGAAUAACUCGCAAAAGAACAUCAUCUACGCAACACCCUCGCCUGGAGAGCCCCGAAUUGAAAAGUAUUUCGUUAGCGGUUCUAAUCUAGGCAUCGUUGACGUCGUCCCCGAAGCCUUUGACCCCCAACCUCUCACAAUUUACCGGUGUGAAUUCAAAGAAUUGAAAUUCGAUGACCUGGGCUAUUAUCGACCACACGCCCGCAAUCGAGCAUCGUUCAACUCCUUCAUCGUCAACCCAGUCAAAAAAUCUUUAUUCGCAUUGGAGUUUACCUUUUUCGAUGAACACAGCGUCAAGGAGGAGGGAAUGCAGUCCUUACCGACACACGAAUACGAGCGUUACUGUAUUUUGUUCAGUGCUCAGAGGGAUGUCAAACUACACAUGCCCAGCGACUUCGAUGGAAUGUGGAAAUCGCUGUGGCUUGUGCACGUUACGGAAGAUGCACUGUUCUCGAGACAUUAA